GCAGGAACUGAAGAUCCUCCUCCGUCUCGCCCGACCGGUGCCAUGCCUGUCAUUGAGGGUUUGGGACGACUUCUGGUGCCAGAGGCUGACGCCACCUAUGCCACACCAACACAGGACUCACCAGCGAAGGUGGGCCACGUGGCCUCGCUGAUCGACACCUGGCAGAACAGCCCCAUGAGCGAAGCCUUCUCGCCGAUGGGCGCACGCAGGACCCAGAAGCUUUUCGUCGACGGCCGCAUCAAAGUGGAAGACAUCUUAGACUUGGCUGAGAGGCUGGCACGUGUGGAGACCCAGCAGCGCAUCCUCCACGAGUCCCUGGCAGGGAUCGAGAGGGGAGGAGCGCUGAACCGCUGCGAGGAGCAGGAGGUGAAUGGAAGCACUUUGAAGCUUCGUUUGGAGGCCUUGGAGGAGCAACUCAGCCGAGCAGACGCUGCACGCGAAGCGGCAGCGCCUCCUGUGGUCGAACCUGCAAUUCCACCUGCUGUGGAAGCUGCCUGUGCGCAGACGGUGGAGCUGGGCAGACGCAUGGAGGAGCAGGAGGUGAAUGGAAGCGCUUUGAAGCUUCGUUUGGAGGCCUUGGAGGAGCAACUCUGCCGAGAUUUGGUCGUGCAGAACGGAAGCUUGGAGAUGCUUCAAACGCAGCUGGGUAGCCUUCAUGAGCAGCUUCCCAGGACCGUGGCGGCUCGCUUGGAGGAGCGAUUCAAUUUGGAGCUUCCCAAGGCGCGGCAGAGCACCACCCAGCAGAUCGCACGAGAGGUGCGGGAGGCGGUGCGGGGCGAGUAUCAGCGCUUGGUGUGGCAGCUCGCAGGGCCCGAGCCACGCGAGGUCCUGACCACCAGAUCACCCAGCUUGGAGAAGGCACAACUGGAGCCUCCACCGAAACCUGCUGAGCCGCGCCCGGGCGCUUGAUGCUGUCAGUUUCUCCGGUGGCCACUUGUGGCUGCGCUGGGUGUGUACCCGCAAGACCCAUGAAAGAGACCUAGCUGAGUGAAAGUUGAAGAUGCGCCACACGGAGCUGGGCCGGAUGCGAAG